CUUGUUCCAUCUUUCACUCAGCGAUUGGACCACCAGGACAACACGAUGUUCCCUCAACGAACGAUGCUACGUACUUCUCAGCGCUUUGCUUCUCAGCUACGCUCACCAGCGGUGCGCACGCCUUUCCAACGACGAUUCGCAAGCACCGAGAGCUCUGGAUUUGUUGGUGCCGAGGACAAUGCUUUCAACCGCGAGAGAAAGGCAGUAAAGGACCAUGCCGCUGCUACAAGUGAUCUCUGGCGCAAGUUGUCAAUCUACGUUACGAUUCCUUGCUUGAUCAUUGCCGGUGUCAAUGCCUACAACCUGUGGAAUGAGCAUUGGGCACAUUGGGCGCACAUGGAGCCGUUGGAAGAGAGACCUGAGUACCCUUACCAGAACAUCCGAACAAAGAACUACUUCUGGGGUGAUGGAGAUAAAACCUUGUUCUGGAAUGACAAAGUCAAUCAUCACAAGAAGGAUGAAUAAGGAAUUGAAUUAUCAGUGCAGUGAAGACAGGGCAUGGGUGCAUCGGGCUCCAGCUGGUGGUUGGAGAUAGACAGGCUGUACAUUCUCCUUGAGUCCUAGCAAUAUCAGACAUUGAAAAUCUUGCGGCAUUAAUCUACCUGCCGUAUGAAACGGCUAGGAAGAUCGGGAAUUGAGAGUUUUGAGUUUUGUGAUGAAGCUCGUUGCAUAGAGUGCUAAAACUGGUAGCUCAGUGCACAACAAGGUGGGGGCCAUAGUCUGCUUAUGCUCAUUGCUUUUCUACAAAAACGGUUGAGGCAGGCGGUAUCGACCCACAUAAUCAGGUGGGCUGAUACAAGACAUCAGUCUCGAACAGGUCUUCUUUGAAACAAGCAUUCGAAAUUUAUAAUCGAGCACAAAAAUGUGUAUGUUA